UUCCCGGGCAGGAAGCGCGUCGUUGUCCCCAGCGGCGCCCGGGAGCCAUCCCCUCCCGCGGACAGCUUGUGGCGGGCGACACCUGUGACCGCCCCUGGGAGGAGAGCGGAGUGGCAGCUUGGCCUGCAGGGCGCCAGGAACCCAGAGUCUCACUCAGACCAAGCUGGCCUUGAAUUUGAACUCAUGACGCAAGGAUGACCGAUGACCGCUUCUGAUCAUCUUGCCUCCACCUUCCAAAUGCUGGGAUUAAAGAUCCAUGCCACCACACUCAUCUGAUUCUAAUCAUCUUUAGUAAACAUCACCGGUGGAAGAAACCGAGGAGCCAGUUGAGCAUUCAAAUAAGAAGGAAAACAUCUGUUGGCAUGGAAAAGUGAUUAUUUCCCAAGCUACCGCGUACGGCACAUCUGGCCUGGCUCUUUCGACUCUGUCUGCUUGUCAAAUUUUGUUCUUUCAGGAAACCUUACAGAAACAAACCUCAACCAUCUGGAACUCAGAAACUCAUGUGGUGCUGACUGUGGCUUCGAGAACAUCCAGGUGUUCUGCAGAUGUGAACUUACCCUGCAAUCACCAGAUGGAGUCCUGAGCAGAUGCAAGGCUUGGGCUGUGGCCCCAGCCUCCCUGAGUGCAGAGGGUCACUUACUUGCUAAGUGGCCAAAGAAUGGUUAUUGACAACCAUGUGUGAAUGCUGCUCCUAACCAGUCAUCUUAUUAACCUGUGAUGAGAAGACAUCUCCAGGGGGCCAAUCCGAUUUAGGGUGACACAUUUCCUGACUCUUGGAUUAGGAUUCCAGAUGGGGCCUUUCUUUCUGUAGCUCCCACCAUUCCUGCAGCCAUUACUAACUUCAGUGUGUUUUUUACCAACUGGACCAAUGUUCCUUGCUGGCUUCCUGCACUCAAGGUGAACAAAGAGAAAACUCUUUGAGAAAUCUGUGGUGGGGGCCGUUUGUCACUCGAUCGAGACAACAGGAGUCUGUGCGUGCCACCAUGGGCUGGCUUUUUCUAAAGGUUUUGUUGGCUGGCAUGAUUUUCUCUGGAUUACUCUACCCUCUUGUGGAUUUCUCUAUCGGUGGGAAAACAAGAGCCCCCAAACCAAACAUUGUGAUCAUUUUGGCUGACGAUAUGGGAUGGGGUGACCUGGGAGCGAACUGGGCAGAAGCAAAGGACACUGCUAAUCUUGACAAGAUGGCUUCUGAAGGAAUGAGGUUUGUGGACUUCCACGCAGCUGCCUCCACCUGCUCGCCUUCGCGAGCCUCCCUGCUCACCGGCCGACUGGGUCUACGCAAUGGAGUCACGCACAACUUUGCCGUCACCUCUGUCGGGGGGCUUCCACUCAACGAGACCACCUUGGCCGAGGUGCUGCAGCGGGCUGGCUAUGUCACUGCCAUGAUAGGCAAGUGGCAUCUUGGGCACCACGGUUCUUAUCACCCCAAUUUCCGCGGUUUUGAUUAUUACUUUGGAAUUCCAUACAGCCAUGACAUGGGCUGCACCGACACCCCCGGCUACAACUACCCUCCUUGUCCAGCAUGUCCCCAGAGCAAUGGCCUAUGGAGGAGCCCCGAGAGGGACUGUUACACAGACGUGGCCCUUCCUCUCUAUGAAAACCUCAACAUCGUGGAGCAGCCUGUGAAUCUGAGCGGCCUUGCACGCAAGUAUGCGGAAAAGGCAGUGGAGUUCAUUGAACAGGCAAGCACCCAUGGAAGACCCUUCCUGCUUUAUGUGGGCCUGGCCCACAUGCAUGUGCCUUUGUCUGUGACUCCACCAUUGGAAAACCCACGGAAUCAAAGGGCGUAUCAUGCAAGUCUCCGGGAGAUGGACAGUCUGAUAGGGCAGAUCAAGGACAAAGUUGACCAUGUGGCCAAAGAAAACACGCUCCUCUGGUUUACAGGAGACAAUGGCCCAUGGGCUCAGAAGUGUGAGCUGGCAGGCAGCGUGGGUCCCUUCUUCGGACUGUGGCAAACCCAUCAAGGCGGAAGUUCAGCCAAGCAGACCACCUGGGAAGGCGGGCAUCGUGUUCCAGCACUGGCUUACUGGCCUGGCAGAAUUCCAGCCAAUGUCACGAGCACUGCCUUGUUAAGCAUACUAGACAUCUUCCCCACGGCGAUAACCCUGGCAGGAGCCAGCUUGCCUGCCAACCGGAACUUCGACGGGCUUGAUGCCUCCGAGGUGCUCUUUGGCAGGUCGCAGGUGGGGCACAGGGUGCUGUUCCACCCCAACAGUGGGGCGGCUGGAGAGUACGGCGCCCUGCAGACCGUUCGCCUGGACCAUCACAAGGCCUUCUUCAUUACGGGUGGAGCCAAAGCUUGUGACGGGAGCAGGGGUCCUGAGCAGCGCCACGUCUCCCCUCUCAUUUUCAACCUAGAAGAUGAUGCUGCAGAAGCCGUGCCCCUACAGAGAGGAAGCCCCGAGUACCAGGCUGUGCUGCCGAAGGUCACCAGCGUUCUUGCCGACGUCCUUCGAGACAUUGCUGAUGACAACAUCUCCCGAGCAGACUACUCUCAGGAUCCUUCAGUGACUCCCUGCUGUAACCCCUACCAAAUUUCCUGCCGUUGCCAAACAGUGUGAUGGGUGUUUUCUCCCCCCAUGAGAAAGACAUCUGGAAAUUGUAGAUAGGUUAGGUUCACUUCCAAACUUCAUUUUGGACAUAGAUGUCUACUUUAGGAAUGAGGUUGCACAAUCCGGUUUGGAAGCCAUGGCUUUCCCUCUCCCUGUGUAGACUGCCCCCUCCACAUGCAGGUUUGAGACGCGUCAAGUGGGCAGAGUGGGCAGACUUAAAUCUCAAUCGCAAAUUGAUUUUGAAAGUUAGCGUAACACGUGAAGUUGGCUGUGUAUGUCCCCAGCACCAAGCAGGUCCUUAAUGUUGUAGUUUUCAUCUUGUGUCCCCAGGUUCCCUGGUCACUGGAACACAAACAUUCUGGCUGGUAUGUAUGGCUCGGCCAUCUCCAGUACACACAGAUCACCAGGGUAUGCAAAAUCAGAAUCUGGCGCAGGGGAUCUGGAGGAAGGUCUGGGAGACUACAGUGUUGCUGGAUUCCUUUGAGAUGCCUGGAGCAGCACAGAGCUAAACCGAAGCUAGGUCUUCCAGGGCCCUGGAGCAGAACUCACGGGCCUUCUCUCUUGUAAAUGCCAAAUGGGAAGGCUAUAAAGAUUUAGGAGUUUGGGGCUAGAGAGCUGGCCCAUCAGUUAAGAGCACUGGACCUGGGUUCUGUUCCCAACACCUACACGGUGGCUUACACUGUCUGCAACAGCUGUUCCAGGGGACUCACUACUCUCCUCUGGUCUCUGAGAAUGUCAGGCAUGCACGUGGCGCACAUACAUACAUACAUGUAGGCAAAACACUCAUAUAGUAAAAAAAAAUAAUCUUUUAAAAUAAGAUUUAA